GACCGAGAAGACGCCGCAGCAGCCGCAGCCGCAGCAGCCGGGGAUCGCGCGCUCUCGCUUUCUCUCCGCUCGCUCGCUUCACCUCGCCCAUCCGCCCCUGGGAAUCGGAGCUACUACUCCCCACCGGUGAAUGAAUGAAACAGCCACAGCCCAACAAGGAGCACCCGGGUCACUCUGGAGUCCGCAGCGCUUCCCUCCCGUCCUGGCAACCUGUCCCUCCAUUGAAUUCCGACGCUGUCCGCCUUUAGCCCCCCCGAAAACGCCUCUCACUCGGCUGAAGGUGGCCAUGCCCUGCGUCCAGGCUCAGUUCGGGUCCUCGCCGCAAGGAGCCAGCCCGGCCACGCAGAGCUACGCUUACCACCACUCGGCGGCUGCCGGGGAGUACAGCUCGGACUUCUUAACGCCCGAGUUUGUCAAGUUUAGCAUGGACCUGACCAACACUGAAAUCACUGCCACCACUUCUCUCCCCAGCUUCAGUACGUUCAUGGACAACUACGGCGCCGCCGCCGCCGCAGCCGCCGCGGGCUACGACGUCAAGCCGCCUUGCCUGUACCAAAUGCCCUCGCAGCCGCCUCCGCCUCCGCCACCCCCGCCGCCGCCCCCGCCGCCCUCCAUCAAGGUCGAGGAGCUGCCCCUGCACGGCCACGCGCACGGCUACCCCCCUCCGCCGCCCCAGCAGCCGCCGCCGGCCGCUGGGCCGCAGCAGCCCGACGAGCUGGCCGUCUACUACAAGCCGUGCUCGUCGCCGCCAGCCCCGACCGCGGGCUUCGCCCCAGGGCAGAGCGUGUGGGACGAGGCGGGGCCCCUGCACGGCUUCCACCACCACCACCACCAUCACCAUCACCACCACGCGCAGGCCUACGGCGGAGCGGCGGGCGGCGGCGGCGGGAUGCACAAAGCGGUGGCCCCGACGGCCGUGCCGCGCCUGUCGCUCUUCUCGUUCAAGCAGUCUCCACCAGGCACGCCGGUGGGCAGCUGCCAGAUGCGCUUCGACGGGCCCCUGCACACCCUGCCGCUCAACGGCGAGCCCGGUGGGCCCCACCACCAUCACCACCACCACGACGGGCAGCCCUUCGCCCUACCCAACCCCAUCCGCAAGCAGGCCGCCGCCGUCGGCUUCCCCGGGCUGCAGAUCGGGCACGCUUCACAGCUCCUGGACGCCCAGGUGCCGUCGCCGCCCUCGCGGGGCUCGCCCUCCAACGAGGGGCUCUGCGCCGUCUGCGGGGACAACGCUGCCUGCCAGCACUACGGCGUGCGCACCUGCGAGGGCUGCAAAGGCUUCUUCAAGCGCACCGUCCAGAAAAAUGCCAAGUACGUUUGCCUAGCGAAUAAAAACUGCCCCGUGGACAAACGCCGCCGGAAUCGGUGCCAGUACUGUCGCUUUCAGAAGUGCCUGGCAGUCGGCAUGGUCAAAGAAGUGGUUCGCACAGACAGUUUAAAAGGCCGGCGGGGUCGCUUGCCGUCGAAACCGAAGAGCCCCCAGGAGCCCUCUCCCCCGUCGCCCCCGGUGAGUCUGAUCAGUGCCCUGGUGAGAGCCCAUGUCGACUCCAACCCGGCUAUGACCAGCCUGGACUAUUCCAGGUUCCAGGCUAACCCGGACUAUCAGAUGAGCGGCGACGACACGCAGCACAUCCAGCAGUUCUAUGAUCUCUUGACUGGCUCCAUGGAAAUAAUCCGAGGCUGGGCGGAAAAGAUCCCCGGCUUCACCGAUCUCCCCAAACAGGACCAGGACCUGCUCUUUGAAUCCGCUUUCUUGGAGCUCUUCGUCCUGCGGUUAGCCUACAGAUCCAACCCGGUGGAAGGCAAACUGAUCUUUUGCAACGGCGUGGUCCUGCACCGGCUGCAGUGCGUCCGCGGCUUCGGCGAAUGGAUCGACUCGAUCGUGGAGUUCUCGUCCAACCUGCAGAACAUGAACAUCGACAUCUCCGCCUUCUCCUGCAUCGCUGCGCUGGCCAUGGUGACAGAGAGGCACGGCCUGAAGGAACCCAAGAGGGUGGAGGAACUGCAGAACAAGAUUGUCAAUUGUCUCAAGGACCACGUGACUUUCAACAACGGCGGCUUGAACCGGCCCAAUUACUUGUCCAAACUGCUGGGCAAGCUCCCGGAACUGCGCACGCUUUGCACGCAAGGCCUGCAGCGCAUCUUCUACUUGAAACUCGAAGACUUGGUGCCACCGCCGGCAAUAAUCGACAAACUUUUCCUGGACACGCUACCUUUUUAAAAGAGAGAGGGAGAG